GGAGAAAAUGCGGAAAUUGACAUUGCGUUUGUUUUGGGGAUCUUUAUUUUUUUGGUGGGGGAAGGCGAUGUCAAGGCAUAAAUAACACUACUCGUCAAACAAUGAACAAAUAACUUCACCAAAAAAAUAAAUGUAUGAUUUCGCUUUAGCUACCAAAACAAGGCUACAGGUUUUGUGCAUCACAGGAGAGAUGGCGUCAGUGAAAGACAGCAGUCAAACACUCCUGCUCAAUGUCAUCACGAAAGAUAAAGAGGAGGAAAUGAAGAUUUGGGAAUGUGAUGAUUACCCAGCAGAGAGUCCAGAGGUGGUGUCAGAAAAGGUGACAGACAGAAGUCAAACACUGGGGCCGAACGUCAUCAUUAACAGAGAGGAGAAGGAAGACAUUGGGGAAUCUGUCGAUCCUGGAGAGACCCCGAACUCCUCUGACCAAGUUGAGACAUUUCCUGCUUCAGUCAAGCAUCGUCGGAAAGUGAGCAAAGUGAAGAAGCCUCACCGCUGUCCUCACUGUGAGAAGAGUUUCCCAUUCCCAUCAUAUCUUGAAAGACACGUGCGUAAACAUUCUGGAGAGAAGCCUUAUUCCUGCUCUGACUGUGGGAUGAGUUUCUCCCAACUGAGUGGCUUGAACGUGCACCAUCGAACGCACACUGGAGAGAAGCCUCACCGCUGUCCUCACUGUGAGGAGAGUUUCCCAUUCCCAUCAUAUCUUGAAAGACACGUGCGUAAACAUUCUGGAGAGAAGCCUUAUUCCUGCUCUGACUGUGGGAUGAGUUUCUCCCAACUGAGUGGCUUGAACGUGCACCAUCGAACGCACACUGGAGAGAAGCCUCACCACUGUCCUCACUGUGAGAAGAGUUUCCCAUUCCCAUCAUAUCUUGAAAUACACCUGCGGAAACAUUCUGGAGAGAAACCGUACUCCUGCUCCGACUGUGGGAAAUGCUUCACAACAUCAAGUCAUCUAACCUCUCAUCGGAGAACUCACACAGGGGAGAAGCCUUACUCCUGCUCUGACUGUGGGAAGAGUUUCCCAUUCCCAUCAUAUCUUGAAAGACACCUGCGGAAACAUUCUGGAGAGAAGCCUUACUGCUGCUCUGACUGUGGGAAAUGCUUCACCACAUCAAGCAAUCUAACGCUUCAUCAGAGUGCACACAAGGGAGAAGCCUUGGAGCCAAUUUGAGUUCAAAAGAAUUAACCCAAAAAGAAAAAGAAGGGAAAUGAAAAAAAUAAUUGUGAAGUAAUGCAUGAUGAAACUGAAAUGUAAAAAACAAAAACAAUUAUGUCAACAAAAAAAGUGAAUUUGUAUGAAAGAAAAUGUGGAAUUCAAAACACAUUGAAAAUGAUUUUCAAAGCAUUCAGUUGAUGUUUGCAUCCAAUCCUUAAAGUUGAUUUGGUCAAAUAACUUGUUUUCGCUCUUAGAUUAUUUUAUUCCACCUUCAAGUCAUCUUUUCUCUCUUCCAGGUUUUGGUACUCUUGACAUGGAGGCAGGGUUAGAGGGGAUGGGCGUGUCCAAUGUUUGAGGGGAUGGGCGUGUCCAAUGUUUGAGGGGAUGGGCGUGUCCAAUGUUUGAGGGGAUGGGCGUGUCCAAUGUUUGAGGGGAUGGGCGUGUCCAAUGUUUGAGGGGAUGGGCGUGUCCAAUGUUUGAGGGGAUGGGCGUGUCCAUUGUUAGAGGGGAUGGGCGUGUCCAUUGUUAGAGGGGAUGGGCGUGUCCAAUGUUUGAGGGGAUGGGCGUGUCCGAUGUUAGAGUGGAUGGGCGUGUCCGAUGUUUGAGGGGAUGGACGUGUCCGAUGUUUGAGGGGAUGGACGUGUCCGAUGUUAGAGGGGAUGGGCGUGUCCGAUGUUAGAGGGGAUGGGCGUGUGCGAAGUUAGAGGGGAUGGGCGUGUGCGAUGUUUGAGGGGAUGGGCGUGUCCGAUGUUUUGAGGGGAUGGGCGUGUCUGAUGUGAGGGGAUGGUCGUGUCCCAUGUUAGAGGGGAUGGGCGUGUCCCAUGUUAGAGGGGAUGGGCGUGUCCGAUGUUUGAGGGGAUGGGCGUGUACGAUGUUAGAGGGGAUGGGCGUGUCCAAUGAGCCACAGCCUUGGAGUGGCAGCAUUCCUCCAGUACCCCCCCCCAACAGGACACAUUCUUAUUGGACAAGCACACCUGAUUCAACUUGUCAAUCAAGUCCUCAAUUUUUAUUUUUUUACUUUAACAUUUAUUUAACAAGGCAAGUCAGUUUUAAGAACAAAUUCUUAUUUUCAAUGACGACCUAGGAACCAGUGGGUUUAACUGCCUUGUUCAGGGGCAGAACGACAGAUUUGUACCUUGUCAGCUCGGGGGAUUCGAUCCAGCAGCCCUUUCAGUUACUAGUCCAACGAUCUAACCACUAGGCUACCUUGCCUCAAUGAGCUGAAUGAGGUGUCGGGCUAGAACAAAAAUGUGUAGUGUUGGAGACCAGGGUUGGGAAACACUGUCCUAACCAAUCGGUUACUUGCACAAUGUCGUAAAAACAACUUCCUGGUAAUAAAGGUCAUGGAAAUCUGUAUCCUGGCGAACGGCUUCGUUUUUAAGCUACUUUAUUUUGUUUACCUGUAUUAGCAAUUUCUCUCAAGUCUCCCAUUUGUAACAGUAGUGCACUAUAUUGGGAAUAGAGUGUGAUUUGGGACGUGACCUGUGUUUCAGAGCAGGGUCCGUAAGUUGCUUGGACACUACAGAAAAACAAACCAAAAUGACAUACGGUGCAUUCGGAAAGUAUUCAGACCCCUUGACUUUUUUCACAUUUUGUUACGUUACAGCGUUGUUCUAAAAUGGAUUAAAUUGUUGUUGUUGUUUUUUUUACCCUCAUCAAUCUACAUACAAUUACCACAUAAUGACAAAAAAACAAAAUAUAAUAUUUCUUGGAACUUUUAAGCCAACAAUACGUUUCUGUCCAUUUCUGUUUUAUUUAUUCCAUUUGUUAUUUGUUCAAUUGGUGUGUGUGUGUGUGUGUGUGUGUAUGUGUGUGUGUGUGUGUGUGUGUACGAAAGCGUGUUUUUAGAUACACUCCUGUUUCUUGCGUGUGGUCAGAUUUCUACACAGUAGAUUUCUCAUCCAACUCGAGCUCAGGUCUCCCGUGAGAUGCUUGAUGUACAUCCCUACACCUCUCCCUUGUCUGUUUCUGUGUCUAUUAUAGAGAACAUGUUCCUUUCAAUGUCCACCACGGCGCUGGGAAUAGUGUCUGAUAGCUAAGGAUGGGAAUGGAAUAAAAAGGUGUAAUGAAGACCUGGUUGUAGAUGCAGAAAGGGCACGAAGGAGGAAGAAGGAGACGCGUUCUGUCUCCUAGAGGUGAACGUACUUUGGUGUCGAAAAGUGCAAAUCAAUCCCAGAACAACAGUAAAGGACAUUGUGAAGAUGCUUGAGGAAACAGGUACAAAAGUAUCUAUAUCCACAGUAAAAACGAGUCCUAUAUCGACAUAACCCUGAAAGGCCGCUCAGCAAGGAAGAAGCCACUGCUCCAAAACCGCCAUAAAAAAUGCCAGACUACGGUUUGCAACUGCAUAUGGGGACAAAGAUUGUACUUUUUGGAGAGAUGUUUUCUGGUCUGAUGAAACAAAAAAUCCUAUAGAAAAUGUGUGGGCAGAACUGAAAAAGAGUGUGUGCGAGGAAGGAGGCCAACAAACCUGACUCAGUUACGCCAGCUCUGUCAGGAGGAAUGGGCCAAAAUUCACCCAACUUAUUGUGGGAAGCUUGUGGAAGGCUACCUGAAACAUUUGACCCAAGUUAAACAAUUUAAAGGCAAUGCUACCAAAUACUAAUUGAGUGUAUGUAAACUUCUGACCCACUGGGAAUGUGAUGAAAUAAAUCAAAUCUGAAAUAAA